GCAGGCGCAUCUCCUCAAAUCCUGUCCAUACCCCGCUCCUCUUUCUCUUCAUUUUGUUCCCCCUCCUCUUCCAGCACCUCAGCAGGUUCAAACUCUUCUCCGUGAGGGUGGCGGCGAUCGAGAGAUCACGUGAUGAGCAUCCUGCUGCCCAACAUGGCGGAGUUCGACACCAUCUCGGAACUGGAGGAGGAGGAGGAAGAAGAAGCGGCAACGUCGUCGUCGUCGCCGUCGUCGUCGUCGUUGGUAUCGGGGCCCGACGAUGACGAGGAAGAUGAGGAGCAAGAGGAAGAAGAGGAGGAGGAGGAGGAGGAAGAAGAGGAGGAGGAGGAGACGCCGCCCCCGCCUCGGGUAGUGAGCGAGGAGCAUCUGCGGAGAUAUGCCCCCGACCCUGUAUUGGUGCGGGGUGCCGGCCACAUCACUGUGUUUGGCUUGAGCAACAAGUUUGAUACUGAAUUUCCUUCAGUUCUAACAGGGAAGGUGGCCCCAGAAGAAUUUAAGACCAGCAUUGGCCGUGUAAAUGCAUGUUUGAAAAAAGCUCUCCCAGUCAAUGUGAAAUGGCUGCUGUGUGGUUGUCUCUGCUGCUGUUGCACACUGGGUUGCAGCCUGUGGCCUGUUAUUUGUCUCAACAAAAGAACCAGAAGAUCAAUUCAGAAGUUAUUAGAAUGGGAAAAUAACAGAUUAUAUCACAAGCUUGCUUUGCACUGGAAGUUGACUAAAAGGAAAUGCGAAACUAGCAAUAUGAUGGAGUAUGUAAUACUAAUAGAAUUCUUACCAAAAUAUCCCAUAUUCCGACCUGACUGAGGAAUUUCAUUCAGUCACUUCUGUGUUACCUGUCAUUUCCUACCCUUAGUGCCUUGUAGAUGAUUUUGGAAUGAAGAUGGUCUCCUUUGCUGUGUUCAACUUAUUCUUUAUAAUGGUAGAAUGUUCUCCUCACUCUUUUAUUUGUGUUGAUUUAAGAAGAAAAUUUGCACAUCUUUUUGUUGUUGUUGUUAAAUGAGACUUGUGUUUUGCACUCUCAAUUUUUAAAUAAAUAUACACACAUACACACACACACAUAUAUAUAUAUACAGUUGCCACUAAAGAUAAAACAUCAGUGCUGGUGUUUAAAAAAACAAAAACAAAAACUUGUUCUGAGCAUGCUGCCUUAUAAUUUUCGUACUCACUGUUUCUAAAUAUGCAUCAUUUUUCUAGGCUACUUAUUGCUCUAUAAUCUCUUACUAGACGUAUGUAAAUAAGCUUUCAGUAGCUUUUAGAAAUGGUUUUACUCUUAACCUGCUUUUAAAGAACCUGCAAUUAAUAGCACUGGUUUUGUCCUCACUUUGCUAAAUUAUCACUUACAUUAGUGGAUAAAAUAUUUAAACUCCUAAAGCCUUGUAAAUAUUGUCUCUUUGCAUAAUGUAAAAUAUGAUAUGCCAUGGUUUACAGAAUGUAAUAUUACUCUUACUGUAUUGCCAACAAUUCUGCAUAGAUUUUAAUAUGAAUGAAGUUUGCAAGCAUCCUUUUGAAUGUAUCAACUGUUAACAUGCUUUUUUUGGCAAUGCCAUAAUAAGUAUGUUAAAAAUUUCUGGUGUAGGGCAGGGUUGCCCUUUGUAACAAGUGGAUUAAAAUUGAAAUCAUUGUCUGAGAUAUUCUGCAUUGCACCUGAAACCAAGAACCUUAUUUUUUGCAUUUAAUUCAAUAAUUCCCAUUUUGUCCUCCACUCCCACCCCUAAAAGAAUUCAUUUGACAUAUGACACAUUUCACAGCCUCCCUAUCCUCAUUUAUUUCCCUUUAUGUAUCCUUUCCCUCAUUUGAAAAUACACACAAUUAUGACCUUUAAGAAGUAUUUCAAGAUUUCAGAUGUCUUAGGAGGUCUCUAGACCCCCAUGAAAGCCACUGCUAACCUCUUUCUGGAUUUCCGAUUUUGUACUUUGGGAAAGAGAAAGAGCUAAUUGAGAAGGUGUACCUAAAGAAUAUAUAGUGGCUGAUUCAUAAUUGAUAAAAUAUUCUUAGUCCUCUUUUUGAGGACCUUUUUUAAACAUUUGGAUAUUAUUAAUGAGGAAAGACAAGUAUUUAGACAAAAGUAUUUUAGUUUAUAAAUUCACCACACAUGUAGCCUUUUUAUUGGUAUGUGCAUAUUUCUCUCUUUCUCUUCACAAUUAAGAUGAGUGAGAGCACCACACCCUAAUUCUUCUAGAAUUUGAAUUUUUAACGUAAUGAAAGCUUUAUAUUGUGUUAAUUCAACUGCAAAUGUAUGCCUGUAUAUAGGCAUUAUUUGUAAUUCCUAGUGCUAAAAAUAAAUUAAAAGUAUCUA